AUGCCAAGAGAAGAGGCUCACUUCUUCUAUGGUUCCCCCCGGAAAGGGCACAGCCACUCUUAUGUCACGGCUGAAGAGGCUGCAGGGAUUGGCAUCCUGACAGUGAUUCUGGGAAUUCUACUACUUCUCAGCUGCUGGUACUGCAGAAGACGAAGUGGAUACCGAAGCUUGAAGGACAAAAACAUUCAUGCUGGUACUCAAAGUACCCUGACAGGAAGAUGUUCACAUGAGGGGCUUGGUCAACAGGACAGCAAAUUGCCUUUUCAAGAGAACAAGUGUAAACCCGUGAUUCCCAAUGCUCCACCUGCUUAUGAGAAACUGUCCGCAGAACAGUCACCACCACCUUAUUCUCCAUGA